AUGAAACUCUCAGACUCAACUGUCAGUCGACUAGAUGAAACACAAAGGUUGAGAUUCGAAAGGUGUCUUAACAAAUUCAAAGAUGUAUUGCAAAGUGCAAAUAUCGAUUUGGAUGCACUCAGAAAUCUCAAUUGGCUGGGCAUACCGAAUGAGUUGCCAAGCGAACUAAGAUCAAUAACAUGGCAAUUACUUUUAGAAUAUCUUCCCUGUAAUGCUGACCGUCAGGUUAAAACUUUAGCUCGAAAAAGGCAAGAAUAUUUUGAAGGUGUCUCACAAGCAUAUGCUAGAGGUAUUGCUGGAUUGGAUCAAACAAUUUGGCAUCAAAUUCAUAUUGAUGUACCUCGGACUAAUCCUGGUACUAUUCUUUAUCAAUGUGAGACUACUCAGCAGUGUUUGGAACGUGUACUUUAUGUAUGGGCCAUCCGUCAUCCUGCUAGUGGAUAUGUUCAGGGAAUCAAUGAUCUUGUUACUCCAUUCUUCCAAGUUUUCCUUUCUUUCUAUAUUGAAAAUUAUGAUACCAGUUGUCUUCCAAAGAAUGUUUUAGACGUGAUUGAGGCAGAUAGUUUUUGGUGUUUAUCUAAGUUACUUGAUGGUAUUCAGGAUAAUUAUACAUUUGCACAACCUGGUAUACAAAGGCAAAUUAAUAAAUUAAAGGAUUUGAUUAACAGAAUAAAUGCACCACUUGCGGCUCACUUGCAAAAGGAAGGUGUUGAAUACCUUCAAUUUGCUUUUAGAUGGAUGAAUUGUCUGUUAAUGCGUGAAAUGUCUUUAAAACAUACAAUUAGAAUGUGGGAUACUUAUUUGGCGGAAAGAUCAGAUGGAUUUUCGGUGUUUCAUUUAUAUGUUUGCGUAGCAUUUCUAGAUAAAUGGUCGGAUGAAUUAAAAACAAGAGAUUUCCAGGGAAUUAUGAUGUUUUUACAAUCAUUACCAACAGCUAAAUGGAAAGAACAAGAUAUUGAGUUGCUAUUAUCGGAAGCAUAUAGAUUAAAAAGUUUAUACCAUGAAGCUCCAAAUCACUUAUCAAGAGUUUAA